AAUAGACCAUAUGCUGGAUACAAUCAAGUAUAGAAGGCAGGGAAAGUCCCCCUCCUCUAUACAUAGCCACGGGAUGAGUUGUCACUUUCCGUUGGUGCCUGUGUCGGUGUUGCUGAGAGAGCCGCAGACAGCAGACUUGGAUACAUGACGAUGUGCACAACUGUGAAAGUGGAGGCAAACGAUGAUGUUCUUGAAGCGUCCGUCCCGACGCAAAAGUGCCGCUAGUCUGAACGGUUAUGCCAAUGGAUUACGCAGCUGCGUAGGCAAGCGCGUCAAGAUGGCUGAAAUGGGUGACGUUCAACUGCGGCCAAGAGAUGGAAGGGACAGUAGCUUUCAGGCUCGGGUUCACUUCCGCAAAUCCCAGUCCGGAAUGCCCAAGAUGGAAGGGUAUCUCAGGAAAAGAACCACCAAACUGAACUUGAAGUGGUUCUGGCGAAAGUUCUGGUUCGUACUCGACGGCAAGUCUCUGUUGUACUUCAAGUCCCAGUCCAAUUACAAAGCACUGGGAACGUGCAGAGGACUCAUCGACUUUGGCCUUGUCCAGGCUGUACGGUCUACGCACGAAUCGAAGAAGUGCUACGGCUUAGAAAUCGUCACAUAUUCCGAUAUUAUCUAUUUGUCCGCAAACGACAAGGACACCAGGGACAUCUGGGUUGCUGCACUCCAAGGAGCCAUAGGUGUUGGCGAGGUUUCCUGGCCCUUCGGUGUUCAACUCAGCAACAAUACGCAUCUCAAAGAGCUCCGAGAUGAAGGUACAUCGGACAGGCCAGGACCACAGUGCCCCAGCACCCGCACGGUCGCAACAAACGGACCCAAGGCUGUCCAGGCGGAUGUACAUCGUGCUCCAAGUCCUGCUCCUCGCAAGAACAAGAGUGACAACACACAAAGGCCUUCCAGCGACAUGGCAGUUCCAGCCAAAAAGAACACCCUACGCCGCAUCAGGUCCUUCAGUUUCGGGAAGCUUAAGAAAUCUCGUCUGCAGGGAUUCUUCAGACAGCUCUCGGGCAAGGAGACGCGGCUGCACCAGAGCUCGCAAGAAGCGGAAAGCAUGCCAGUCGACGAUGCUCAGCCUCAAAAGCCACUAGAGCCGAGGGAUGCAGUUGAAGACGUUAGUUACGACGUCGGCUAUGCAACCAUAGGAGAACCGGAUCCCGAUUACGAUCGGGGUACGAACGUGACGACGCCGGACGUUCCGCCCGACGAAAACGCAACGACAGAGACGUUCCGCGUUAGUGUAAGGAUACCAGUGAUAUCGUAUUACAGUGAACAGGACGACCCUCCAGUAUACGGGAAAAUCAACAAGCAACGCAACGCCAAAAUCGACGACAUUCAAGAAGAGCCUUCGGGAGAAGGGGUUAACGAAAGCACAACCGCGGCGGUUGCAGGAGACGCCUGCAACAUCUACACGGAUUCCGUGACGCAUGUCACGGAAAUUUACUGCAGCGGGCCUCAACGGAGGCAUUCUUUCACCGCAAGUUCUGACAAACAAAACGGGUUUCCGGUUUACCAGAAGGUGAACAAGAGAUGCAGAGCACAACGAAGAUUCUCGCUCGACGAGGUAUUUGGCGACCGGGCGGGAACUCGAGACACGAAUCGUACACAGAGUCACGCGUUUUACGACAGUAGCAGCGGCCUCAAAGACUGUUCCCGUCCCAUGUCCCACGAAUACGAAAGCUGUUCGUUUGACGAGGUACGCGGGAGCACACAGCUGACCAACUCGGAGGCUUCUGACAGCACGUCUGCGCAUGUCUAUCAAGAACUCGAAGACAUGGUUCCAGAUUCAAUGUACCUUCCACGAGCAGCCUUAAGAAGCAAACGCUGCGUCGUCGAUGAAGAUACGGAAUGCUAUUACUCGAGCAUCUCCGAGGAAGACCUCCGCGAAACAACUGAGGACAGAGGCGCAGGCGAAUAUGUUGUCCUUCGGACAACGCGUGUCGUCCAAACGCAGACGUCCUUGGACUCUGAGACGGCGGAUGACUCCACGUACGAGACGGCGACGCUCAACAACAGCAGCUUGGAAGAGCUGCCCGAGAUGGAAUAUUUUGAAGACAACCCACACAUCAUGGUUACACGAUCUGAACUGUAUGUGCCUCCUCAAGAAAACAGCAUGGGCGAUGACGCAGAAGAGGUAAAAGAGUCGUCCCGCGACGAAGACGUUCUGAUGAACGACGCUGGCUCGAGCUUCAUCCUUCGCGAAAUGGAGAAUCUUUUGAUACACGGACAUUGAAAAUGCUGAAAACAUGAGUGACAAAUGUAAUGCAGCGGAUGUAUUAUACCUGUACAUAAAAAUAAACAACGACGAUGCAGUUGC